AUCAUUCUCUCUCUCUCUCUCUCUCUCUCUCAAAUUUUGAAGCUGUCUAUUCCUUCGAGAGAUUUUUGCCGCCUCGUUGAUAUCUCCUCCAAGUCUUUAUCUUUAUUAAUUCCUCUUUUUAUAAUCUAUAUAUAUAUACAUACAGACACCACCUGCCUAUACUAUCUUUAUUCACUUGCCUAUCCGAUUCAUCAUUCAAUCCAUUUGUUUUUCUGUUUGAUCUGUUUUCCCCAAAUCUUGAAUUUUUUUGUUUGAGAUGAGAGAUUUUUGUCAAUCAAAAUAGUUUCUAUCAUACUCUACAUUGGAACCAAGGCGAUUGGCAGGCUCUGGGUAUAGAUAUCUUGUUACUAAUAAAAGAAUAUAAUAGAAUUAGGGGGUUCGAUUGAUGUUGUAUGGCUGCACCUAUGAACAAGAUCGAGAGGGCCCACCAGAUGUACAGGGAAGGUCGAUACGAGGUGGCCUUAGGGUUCUACACAGAAGCCCUUGCUAUGGCCAAGACCAAACCCCAGAAGAUCGCCCUCCACAGCAACAGAGCCGCAUGCUUCCUCAAAUUGCACCAUUUCAAUAAGGCUGCAGAGGAAUGUACGUCAGUUCUUGAGCUAGACCACAAUCACACUGGAGCAUUAAUGUUGCGAGCUCAAACUCUGGUCACACUCAAGGAGUACCACUCAGCACUUUUUGAUGUCAACAGGCUUAUGGAGUUGAAUCCAUCGUCAGAAGUGUAUCGAAACCUUCAUGCCCGUUUGAAAACACAAAUGUCACUUGCUCCAAUACCUGAAGCUGAGGCAGAGCUUGAAGAAGAGGAUGAAGAUGUUGAAGAGGCAGAACCUCAAGAAGGGGAUGAAGACGUUGAAGAGGCAGAACCAACAGAAGAUGAAAAAGAAGAAGAAGAAGAAGAAGAAGAAGAUUUGGUACAUUCAAAAGUGGUAAUAGAUCAAAACGAUGAGCAUGAAAGGACUACCCCUAGUGCUGAAGUUAUUUCUCCCCAAUUUGAGAGCACCAAGGGAUCAUCUGAACAGAAUUCAGCAGGAUGGCAGGCUAUUCCAAAACCAAAAGGACACUCACAACUUGACUACUCUAGGUGGGACAGAGUUGAUGACGAAUCCAGUGAGGAUGAUGACGAUGAAGACGACGAUGAGGAGUCUCAACCUCGGUAUCGAUUCCGUGUGAAGACUGUUGGUGUACUUAAGUGAAAGGAAAAUGCACGCAUUUAAGGUGUAUGAGUUGAGUCUGCUAAUCUCAAAUCAUCUUUGUGAAGUUGUAAGCGGCCUUACCACUGGGCGAAUGGAUUAUGGUUUUGAGAGUAGCCACUUUGUGCAUAUUGCCAAAGGUUAGGUUUGUCUCCAAUCCUCCCCUGCCCAUACCCCCAAUUAUUGGGGACUACAUGGGUUCUGUUGCUGUAUCAUUGUGCAUGGACAAUGCUGGUUGGUUCAACUGCCCAGUGCCAUUAUUUGAAGCUUUGGAGCUGUAGAAAUCGUCUUGCGUUCGUAGAAGCAUGUCAAAGCUGUAAAACGGCUGUCAUUUUGAUUGCAUACAGAUAACUUUGGUUUUUCGGAAUCUCUGGCGCAAGCAAGGCUCAGUUCUUUGCAUUGUGAUGCUAUUAAUCUCUUCGGGCUGCCAAAACUACAUGGAGAUACAGCUGCUAAUUGUUACACUAAGGGCUGUGUUUGGAAUGUUGGAUAUGCGGAGGAAAACACGAAGGCAACAGAUUCUACUUCUCCAUUGAAUUUUGUGAAAAAGAAUUGGAUGGUUUUGGGAGGAGAGAAGAAUUUGGACUCUACCCCAUUAUCUUUCCCCUUCUGGAAUUUUUUGGGGGAAUUUGUGACGACUGAGGAAAGAAAGGGCUGCCCAAUGUAUUUAAUUGUGUCUGUUGUAAAUGAUGCCUGCAUUAGUGCCUGCUGUUGAAAAUCCAUAGAGCAGGAGUAAAUAACUUAUAAUCUAUGGCUGAUUAAUCGAUUUAGUUUUUUUCUUUUUUGAUUUUUUAAUUAAUUGAAUUGCGCAUUGUUAAACUCUAUUCU